UAGGACCUUGAGGUUUGUGCUGCAAAGUGCAGCUCCUCCUCCCGCAGAAGGCUGUUUACGAAGAAAGCCUCGGUUCCUGGGACAAAAACAAGGGCUGGACGAGCAGUGUGCCCCGCAGCACAGGCUCGUCUCCAUCUCCAACGACUUGGCGCCGUUGUCUUCAAUAGCUUUUUUUUAACAAAAAAAAAUCUUUAAAACAUUUUUUUUCUUAGCUUUUCUUUGAAAAGGUAGCGCACUAUGUUGUCGAUCGAUUCCUCCCGUCAGCUCUUGAAAAUGUUCCUGUCCGUGCACGCGGUUCUCGUGAGGGUGGCCAUGGUGGAGAGCAGUGCGUCGAAUGGACACGAAAAAGGCUGCAUGAGAUCAAAUGGUGUGCAGUACAGAGGGGAAGAACACAGCUCCUCCUCGGGGCUGACCUGUCUCAACUGGACCAACACCAGCAGAGACUACAACGACGGAUUCCAUCCCGACUCACAGACAGGUGUGGGAGAUCACAAUUACUGCCGAAACCCCGACUCCUCUGAGAGGCCUUGGUGCUACAUUGCCGGCCCAGAUGGGACCGUCCAGAGACAGUUCUGUGCAGUGAAGACAUGCGAAGCUGCGGGUGUAGCGGAAGAGGCAGAGGCUUUCAAACCAACAGACACCAUUCCCCCAACUGAGAGCUUUGAACCGGCCCAGACGGAGGCCUCUCAGGGAGAAGUGGCUGCUGUGCAGCCAGUGAUGGGAAUCAGCCAACGAGUGCGCACCGGACCCAAGAAGAAGAAGGACCUUGGCGUGAUCGGCUACGUCAUUGGCAUUCUCAUGAUGUCGAUCAUAAUUCUCCUCGCAGUGGGCAUCACAUUCGGCUACUUCUAUAAGAGGGGGCGGGACUUAAAGAAGCAGCACGAGCAGCGGGUGUAUGAGCGCGAGAUGCAGCGGAUCACCCUGCCCCUGUCGGCUUUCUCCAACCCCACCUGCGAGCUGGUGGAUGAGAACACCAUCGUGAUCACGGCGGAGCCCGAGACGACCCCCGUCCAGGACGACUCGGAGGGCGGGGACCCCCUCAUGGGCCAGCAGGCCGGGACCCCUGGAGCAUGAGCGCGCCUGUAGUCCUCAGACGCUGGACCGUGAUGCCCCUUUGUAAACGUUUCUUCGCUUGUCCCUUGAGCCUCCCUGAUUAACCUCUGAUUUAAAAGGACGAGGACGGGACUGAGUGCUGCCCUUUGUAUCUUUCUAGUGAUUUUCAUGCAGAGGCCCUACUAAACACUGAGGAAACAGUCCUAACAUCUUGAAACCCUCCCGGCGGAUCUGUUCUCAAUGAAGAUAUGGCAUGAAGUCUUUCAUUUUCACAGCUGCUACAUUUGAUAGCCAAGAAAAUAAGGUCAUGCCCUGUAAAAGAACAGUAUGAAAAUCUCAUCUAAUGCACUUGCCAGUGUUUAUUACUGUGUAAUGAAACCUGUUCUUUACACAGAGAGCUGUUUGGAAUGGCGGCUCAUGGGCUUUUUAGGUGUCCUACACCGGAGGUUUCAUUUUCUAUUCACCUAUUGAUUGGGCCGAAGGAGACGCAGAUAGGAAACUUUUAUGUAUAAACAAUGCUUUGUUGAGGUGAGACACAGGAGUCCAAAAAUAUCGUCCCACUAAGACCAAGGGAAGGCCUUUGACUCGGCCUCAGCAUGUGAUGCUUCUGAAUGUAUUUGUUCCUUAUUAACCCAGAUGGAUUUAUUUUUCCCUUUGUACUCAACUGACAGACCUUUUGAGGUCACAAAGCAUGACGGCGGUCAUGUCAUCGGCGGACAUGAUAGAGGACGCCCCUUUUCUUCCACAGGUUAAGGAGUGACAGGAAAUGUACCUGAGAGGCAGAUGGUCCUCAGGACGACACAGGAUGGUGUCUUUGCAGAGCAGGACGGAGCGCGUGUUGGGAUGAGGAAGCCAGGCGUUAGGAUUCCCACAUUUGAGAUGCGCAUGGGACGCUUUAGGAUAGAGAUGGAGUAGAAUAGAAACAUUACAAGUGCUUUGCCAGUGCAUGCACAUGGUUACCUGCUGUAUGUUUGUCUUCAGAAGUCACAUCUUUGAUUCUUUAAAAGUGGAACUACUGAAUUAUAUAUUUUAGAACAUCAUUCAGAAAUAAUCAUGCACGGAAGAUUAAGUUGCACAUGAUGCGCCGUUACUUCAUAGUGUAUUGCAAGUUUGUUCGUCACCACUCGUCACUCCGAAUGAUCUGGUUUUGGUUACUGCUGUUCCAUUAUUUCAUGUGUUUGUGCUGAUUGUAUUAUUUUUUUCUUCAUAUAUGCAACACGUUCAACAUACUGUCCAGUAUUUUAAAUGAAUACUUGUAUUUGUAUAAAUGCAGAUUUUCACCGCUGGUAUUGAAAUAAAACAACAAACUUAGACCUCAAUGUGUUGUAAUUAACAAAUAAGAAAGGGAGUAACGUAAUGGCUGCAGGAAUGUCUUGCUGUUCAAGGUUUGCUCACCAUCUCCCUCUGUUGGCUUUUCUUAGACACAUACUUCAGUCAUUGGAAUCACCUGAGAAAGAAGCAUGACAUUUAAUAAAAUAAAAUACUUGUCUCAUA